GCCAACAUCAUCCCUGUAUCCACUGCGCAUGCGCACGACGAUCCCAUUCUUGUCCUGCAGGCAGCAUUCCGGGUGGAGAGAGUGAGUGAGAGAAAGAAAGACAAGAGAUUUCAGGCCGUACACUGUAUAUUUACAGUAAGACAAACGAGCUGUAUGCCCCAACACAACGCGGCGUCUAAGCAGGAUAUGGGCUCUCCAGGGCAGAUCCCGGGACAAGACAUGGAGCUCUAAACCAGCCCUCUCCAUCCAUCUCCAUUUGCUGCCUUGCACACUGCUCUCCAAAACCACCUCUUCUACCCCUGCUAUAGCGGUUUGGCUCUGACUCCUCAAAGAGAGCAAAGAGGGAAGAAAAAGCCAAGUGGGAGGGAGUAGUACACUUUCCCCAGCUGCUGUCCAGACACACACAUGCUGCAUUGCUGCCAUUCCCCAAGCCCUGCUCCAUCCAUCCCUAGGGCACGGCCACUAGCUCGCUAGCUAGCUAGCACUUGGCACAAAGACGAGGCCUGUCCUCGGGGAUAAAAAUACAAGCAGACUGUGUACCCUUGCUGAUUUCUUUUUUGUCCCUUUUCUGGGUCACCCAGCCGGACAGUGGUUAACUGGGGCUCUUUUUGUUUAGCUGUCAAUCCCACUGCUUUGAGCAGUGAACGAUUGCUGGUAGCCAGUCAGUCAGUCACUUAGUCAGGCAGACUGAGGCAGACUGAGGGGUUGGUUAUCCCAGAAGAGGAUGAUGGAGCCCAACAUGGAGAACUGCCUGACCCAGGUGCUGCAGAAGGACAUGGGCCGCCGGCUGCAGGUGGGGCAGGAGAUCAUUGAUUAUAUUCUGGACAAGGAGAAGUCCCAUGACCUGGAGCAGGACCAGACAGUGCUGGACAAGAUGAUCGACGGCAUCGCCAGCACCUGGGUCAACUCCAGCAACUUCAAGGUGGCUCUGCUCGGCUUGGACCUCUUAUCUGCCUUAGUGACGAGGUUACAGGAGAGAUUUAGGUCCCACGUGGGAACAGUUCUUCCCAGCCUUAUCGAUCGAUUGGGAGAUUCUAAAGACCAAGUGCGAGAACAGGACCAAACAGUGCUGCUAAAGAUCAUGGAGCAAGCUGCCAGCCCACAGUAUGUGUGGGACAGAAUGCUGGGAGGCUUCAAACACAAGAACAACAGGACCAGAGAAGGAGUGUGCCUUUGUCUCAUCGCCACGCUGAGCACACAUGGAGCUCAAGGCCUGACCCUGAGUAAAAUUGUUCCCCACAUAUGUAACCUGUUGGGGGACCCCACAAGUCAGGUGCGUGACGGAGCGAUGAGCUGCUUGGUGGAGAUCUACAGACAUGUGGGGGAGAGGGUGAGGAUGGAUCUCAGCAAAAAGGGCCUGCCACAGUCACGGUUGAAUGUAAUCUUCAGCAAAUUUGAUGAAGUCCAAAGAUCCGGGAACAUGAUGCCAUCGUCCGUCUCAGAUAAGAAUUUUGAGGAUGAAGACUCAGUGGAUGGAGGCCGGUCCUCCUCCUCUUCAUCAUCCAAAGCACCCCCCGGUGGCAGGAGGACGGUUAUCAGCGCUGUGCGAAGACCCAGCUCAGCCUCCGCAAAUAAGCCCACAAGCAAGGAAGCAGCUGCUGGUGCUGUUGAUGAGGACGAUUUCAUCAAAGCCUAUGAAGACGUGCCCUCAAUCCAGAUCUACUCCAACAGAGAGCUGGAGGACCAUCUGGCCAAAAUCAGAGAAGUGCUUUCUGAUGAAAAACACGACUGGGAGCACCGGGUUGUAGCGCUGAAGAAGGUGCGUUCUCUCCUGAUGGCGGGGGCCACAGAGUACGAGGGCUUCCCUCAGCAGCUGCGUCUCCUGGAGGCUCCGCUCAAGCUGUCGGCCAAAGACCUGCGCUCACAGGUGGUGCGCGAGGCCUGCAUCACUCUGGGACACUUGUCUUUGAUACUGGGAAACAAGUUUGACCACGGAGCAGAGAGCAUCAUGCCCACGCUGCUCAACCUCGUGCCCAACAGUGCCAAAAUCAUGGCCACGUCCGGAGUGGCCACCAUCCGCCUCCUCCUCAGGCGCACACACUACCCACGUCUCAUCCCCAUCAUCACCAGUAACUGCGCCGCCAAAUCAGUGGCAGUCCGACGACGCUGUUUUGAGUUCCUAGACCUCAUGUUACAGGAGUGGCCCACUAACACAUUGGAAAGACACGUGGCGGUUCUGACUGAGACCAUCAAGAAAGGCAUCCACGACGCUGACUCUGAGGCCAGAUCCAUCGCAAGGAAAUGCUACUGGGGUUUCCAUGGUCACUACAGCCGGGAGGCGGAGCACCUGUUCCAGGCGCUGGAGUCGCCCUAUCAGAAGGCCCUGCAGUCCCACCUGAAGGGCUCUGACAGCAUCGUGUCUCUGCCGCAGUCUGACCGCUCGUCCUCCUCCUCCCAGGAGAGUCUGAACCGGCCACUGUCUGUGAAGAGUGUCAUUGGAGGGAGCAUGACAAGGAGUAAGCUGGUGGCCAGCAGGGUGUCUCCUUCAUCAGGUUCUCUCCAGCGUUCCCGUAGUGACAUCGACGUCAACGCCGCCUCCAGCUCAAAGUCCCGUCUAUCCACCGUCCCCGCCUCCUCGCCCUUCAGUUCUGCAGCGGCCCUCCCCCCCGGGUCCUACGCCUCAUUAGAUGGCACUCCUGGUAAAAUCGAUGGUCGAGUCCGUACCAGGAGGCAGAGCUCGGGCAGUACGGGGGGGGCCAGCCCCUCAGUGGUGGACAGUAGGGGACGCAGCCGAGCCAAAAUCGUCUCCCAGUCCCAGCGAUCCAGAUCAGCCAAUCCCAUCAAUGCCGGCAGUCGCUCCAGCUCCCCGGGGAAGCUGCUGGGCCACGGCAGCUACGGGCGGGUCCCUCGGGUCUCGGUGUCGGCCUCCACCACGCCUGCUGUCAAGCGCGGCCGCGUCCCCCGCAGCCAGGGCUGCAGCCGGGACACCAGCCCCACCCGCCUGGGCCUCGCCAGCCUGUGUGGUAAAGCUCUUCUUCCUGCUGCUCUUCCCUACCGCACGCUAGCCCGGAGCCGCAUCCCCCGCCCCAGCAUGAGUCAGGGCUGCAGUCGUGACACCAGUCGCGAGAGCAGCCGCGACACCAGCCCUGCUCGGGGCUUCACUCCUCUGGCCUCCCGACGUCACUCCCGUUCAACCAGCGCUCUCUCCACAGCCGACCCCCACAGCCAGUCAGACCGAUAUGGUUUGAUCCACCAAGCCAGGAUCUCUGCCUCUGUCAACGCCAUGAGGGUCCUGAACACCGGCACAGAGGUGGAGGCAGCGGUGGCUGAUGCUCUGCUGUUAGGAGACUCCAGGAAUAAGAGGAAGCCGAUGAGGCGCAGGUACGAAUCCCCGGGGAUAUACUCUGACGACGACGCCAACAGCGACGCGUCCAGCGCCUGCUCGGAGCGCUCAUACAGCUCCAGGAAUGGAGGGAUCCCUCACUACCUGCGGCAGACGGAGGACGUGGCCGAGGUCCUGAACCACUGCGCCAGCUCCAACUGGUCCGAGAGGAAGGAGGGCCUGCUGGGCCUGCAGAACCUCUUCAAAAGCCAGAGGAUACUCAGCCGAGUGGAGCUGAAGAGACUCUGUGAGAUCUUCACAAGGAUGUUUGCAGACCCACAUAGCAAGAGAGUGUUCAGCAUGUUCCUGGAGACCCUGGUGGACUUCGUCCUGGUGCACAGGGAGGACCUGCAGGACUGGCUCUUUGUGCUGCUCACCCAGCUGCUGAAGAAGAUGGGGGCCGACCUGCUGGGCUCCGUGCAGGCCAAAGUCCAGAAGGCCCUGGAUAUCACAAGGGAUUCCUUCCCAUUCGAUCAGCAGUUUAACAUCCUGAUGCGGUUCAUCGUGGAUCAGACUCAGACCCCUAACCUGAAGGUUAAGGUGGCCAUUCUGAAGUACAUCGACACCCUGGCCCGGCAGAUGGACCCGACAGACUUUGUCAACUCCAGUGAGACGCGCCUGGCCGUCUCUCGCAUCAUCACCUGGACCACUGAACCCAAAAGUUCUGAUGUCAGGAAGACCCUUCAUAGCUGGGUGAGCGAGGAGCUAGCAGGCAGGUCCAGCCCUGCAGCCUUACUGUCCGCUGAGGGCAACCAGGAAGACAGGUGUAAGCAGGCGGCACAGGUGGUGCUCAUCGCUCUGUUUGAGCUCAACACCCCAGAGUUCACCAUGCUGCUGGGAGCCCUCCCCAAAACGUUCCAGGACGGAGCCACCAAACUGCUGCACAACCACCUGAAGAACUCCAGCAACACCAGCAGCAGUGUGGGCUCUCCCAGCAACACAAUUGGCCGGACGCAGACACGCCACACCCCCAGCAGGACCAGCCCCCUCACCUCUCCAACAAACUGUUCCCAUGGAGGACUGUCUCCAAGUCGGUUAUGGGGUUGGGGUGGCGACGGACUGUCAAAGCAUCCCCCUGCCCCUCCUCCUCCUCCUCCUCAGCCCCACUCCACCCCUGCUGCCCCCUCCCUAAGGGUCCUCCGCAGAGCAUAUUCACCCAGCAUGAUGGAGUACGACACUGAAAACAUGAACUCUGAGGAGAUCUACAGCUCGCUGCGCGGUGUCACUGAGGCCAUCCAGAGCUUCAGCUACCGGAGCCAGGAGGACCUGAACGAGCCAAUCAGACAGGAGGGCAAGAGGGACGACGCGGCAGGAAGAGAGGGCGUAGCGUCCUCUCCUGGCUCUGACGCUCGGCUCGGUUUAGACGUGGUGGAAGGAGGUCGCACCGCUUUAGACAACAAGACUUCCCUGCUCAACACGCCGUCGCCCCGCUCCUUUUCGGGGCCACGGGGCCGUGAGUUCGCCCCUUAUGGCUACGGAGAAACCAUUUGCACGUAUGACAAGAGCGCCAUGAAGGAGGCCGUGUUCGACGAUGACGUAGAGCAGUUCCGCGACUGCCGACGGCAGGAAAGUGGUGAAAACAAGAUGGCGCUCCCCAAGGUCUUUGCUCCUGCAGGCGGUCAGGACCACUCGGACCUGGUGGCAGACCUGCUUAAGGAACUGUCCAAUCACAACGAGCGCUCUGAGGAGCGUAAAGGCGCCCUGGUGGAGCUGCUGAAGAUCACACGAGAGGACAACCUGGCAGUGUGGGACGAACACUUCAAAACCAUCCUGCUCCUGCUGCUGGAGACGCUGGGGGAUAAAGACCACACCAUCCGGGCCCUGGCUCUGCGUUUGCUGAAAGAAAUCCUGAGGAAUCAGCCGGCGCGCUUUAAAAACUACGCUGAGCUUACCAUCAUGAAAACUCUGGAGGCUCACAAAGACUCUCACAAGGAGGUUGUGCGAGCAGCUGAGGAGGCGGCCUCCACCCUGGCCGGCUCCAUCCACCCGGAGCAGUGCAUCAAGGUGCUGUGCCCCAUAGUGCAGACAGCCGACUACCCCAUCAACCUGGCUGCCAUCAAGAUGCAAACCAAAGUCAUUGAACGCAUCGCCAAGGACUCCUUGCUGCUGCUGCUGCCCGACAUCAUCCCCGGACUCCUGCAGGGCUAUGACAACACAGAGAGCAGCGUUCGCAAGGCCAGCGUGUUCUGUCUGGUGGCUAUCUACUCUGUGAUUGGAGAGGAUCUCAAACCCCACCUGGCACUGCUCACGGGCAGCAAGAUGAAGUUACUGAACCUGUACAUCAAGCGAGCGCAGACCACCAACAGCAACAGCAGCAGCUCCUCGGACGUGUCCUCCCACAGCUAGUGGACAGAAGGACCCCCCCCCCCCCCCCCUCCUCCUCCUCCUCCUCCUCCUCACAACAGCUCACAGGACGUCCUGUCAGAAACCAGUCCUUCAGUUCCUCCUCCCUGAUUUUGCUCUAGAAACGUUUGAAUGUAACUGUGGAUUGGUUUUAGAUUGAAGGGGAAGGAAACAACAGUUGAUCUCUUUUGGAAAAUAGAAAAUGUCUCUCUUUCUUUUCAUCCUCCCUUUUCCUGUUGAAGCCUGUUUUCCUCCAGCUCUCACACUAGGUAUAUUAAAGAGUUCAUAGCAGACGCCGGGAAAUAUUCCGAACCAGAGCGGAGGAACCUGUGUCAGAUAGACUGCAGUUUGGGAUGUCAUUUGGCUGGCCCAGUGAUGGUAAUAAGCCCCCUAUGUUUUGGGAUGGAUUUUGGUUUAGGGAGCUUCAAAACAAAAUGAAGACAAAAAAGGACAACAAAUCUAAACAUUUACAGAAAGCGUACUGUAUGAGCAUUCUUUUGUUCCUGUUUAACCAAUUAUAAUCUUUGUUUAAAGCUUCUUUUUAAUGAAGUGGCUAAAUCAAUUGAACCCCCUUUCCCAAAAACAUUAGCUACUGUACACUCAACAAGGGAGCAGCAAAGAUAAACCUUCCAGCUAAAUAAUUGACAAUCCUUCAAAUAUAGUGCAGUUCUUUCAUUUGAAGAUUAAAUUGUUGAACUGCACAAUUCAAGUAGAAUUUGUCUUGAAAUCCACACUCAGCAGAAGACGUGUUGUGAAGCUGUGCUGCCCCUAUUCUCCCACAGAACCUUCUGCACUCCUUUUGUUGGACACUUUUGUUAAACACGCUUUCACCACUCCAGUGUGUGGCUUCUUACCUGUAAAUCUGUGAGGUUGCUGCUCAGCAGAGACUCUGGUGAGGAGGAGGUCCUGCUGUAAAUACUGCAGAUGUUUCCAGCGGGGAGACGAGUGAUCGGAGACACCAAUAAGACUUUUCCAGGCCUUAUUCACUCCACACUAAUGUAAGUGGACUUACAGCACUGUAACCCUUGGCUCUCUAAAAGAUGUGAAUCUGCGGGACCCGGUUUGACCUGUGACCGUGCAAAUACAGUAUUAGUUUCCCCUCACAGCUUCUGCAAUAACUCUGAAUCCACUAAUAACAGUAUUUUGUACAUACACUUUUGGACCACUGCUUCGCAAAGUUUUACAUAAUGUCAAAGAAAAAACAGGUUGACUAUCACCUUUUUGCACGCUAGCGGAAACACCCUGCAUGUAGCCUGCAGCUCAUGCCAACAUGCUGUUUUAAAGGGCCCGGGUUAUUGGCUGUUAAAGUGCACUUGUGACAUCAUCAGGUGACUCCUCUCUGAUGAUUGUAUGAGCAGAGGAGGUGGUCCCAGACAUCAGCCACAUGUAUGUCAAAGGUACAAACAUAAACCAUGUGUUCCGUGUAUUUAAGCUGGUGGAAGUCACACCUCUUUUUGUUUCAGUGUUAAGAUUGAGGAAGCUUUCAAAUGUUGGAUGUUGCUCCGAGUCCAGCCAUGGAUCCCUGAUCAGGAAAGGUUUCCUCCAUCUGAUCAGAUGUUUGAUUAUUGGUUCACCAUGAUACUCUACGGUAGGAAGGGUUCAGACUCAUUACGCCUUUUAAAUUCUGUUCUCGAGUUCGAGCAAAUGACCGAGUCCUUGGAUGGACGCUUUGUGACUCACUGUUUUAUUUGAGUGGUGUUUCAUUCAGGGAAUCCACUGCGAGUGGGCCAACCGUGGUUAUUUAAGUAAAUGAAUGUACAGACGUAUGUGUUAUGAUAAGCAGCAUUUGAAGUGGCGGUGCUGAAGAUGGUUUUGGCAACAUGCAGCCCUGUACACUGUAACAUGCCUCUCUACUCUCUACCUUAUUCCCUCCUCCUGACUCCUCUCAAUCUGUCUGAUUUUGAAGCCAUUUGAAGCAGAUGCACACAUGGCAUGAGGGGAGAGUUGCCAUUCUUCAGGGGAGCAUAUGUAAUCCCAUUACUGCUAUAGAAACAGCUGUUCACUAUGCAUGUUCUCCAGUACACUGUCUUUCUUUUGUCUCAGUCGCUCAUGUAAUAUUCAGACCUGUAUUUAUAUUUUAUUUUGUUCUCUCAUGAUAAACUGUACAGAAGGUUUUUUUUUGUUUACUUCCACCUGUGAUAGGUUUGCAACAAUGUAAAGAAAUUGUUUGCUCUAGAAAUAAACCAACAAAGAAGU